AGUAGUCACUCAGGAUGGGGAUGGUACAGGGGACCAUUAACUGGCCCGGCAGGAAAAGUUUCCAGGUGAGGCGACGAUGGACAAGAGUCGCCCCAUCGUAAGCGAAAGUGGACUGAGAGGAAGCACAAACGCAUGGACUCAACCAGCUCGCCCAGAUUCAUCCUCAGGCCUUUUGCCAUCUGGAAAGGGCCUAUCGGAUGCGCGACACCACGGGUGACGCGUAGUCAUUUUCCCACGUCCCGUCCCUGCCCCCUCCUAGUGGGACGCAGUGGGCGCGCACGCGCAGCUCCGCUUCCGGGAGCCGCUCCUCGCUACCCACUAUGCUCUGCGACAUCGACCUGUCGCAAAGGCCGCGUUUGCGGGGCCAAUGAGCGACUCGCUUUCCGUGCGGUGCAGCGAGUGAGGCCCCGGUCUUCCUCCUCGUCCUACCUCAGGGCCAGAACCCCUGACGGUAUUCAGCUGCGCAUAAGCCUGGCCGGUGUCAUCUGUCUCCGCAAUGCCCCCCAAGAAACAGGCUCAGGCCGGGGGCAGCAAAAAGGCGGAGCAAAAAAAGAAGGAGAAGAUUAUCGAAGACAAAACUUUCGGUUUGAAGAAUAAGAAAGGAGCAAAGCAACAGAAGUUUAUCAAGGCUGUCACACAUCAAGUUAAAUUUGGUCAACAAAAUCCACGUCAGGUAGCACAGAGUGAAGCUGAAAAGAAAUUGAAGAAGGAUGACAAGAAGAAAGAAUUGCAGGAGCUAAAUGAGCUGUUCAAACCUGUAGUUGCUGCUCAAAAAAUAAGUAAAGGUGCAGAUCCCAAGUCUGUAGUAUGUGCAUUCUUCAAGCAAGGACAGUGUACUAAAGGAGAUAAGUGUAAGUUCUCCCAUGACUUGACUCUGGAGAGAAAAUGUGAAAAGCGAAGUGUUUACAUUGAUGCAAGAGAUGAAGAACUUGAAAAAGAUACUAUGGAUAAUUGGGAUGAGAAAAAGCUGGAAGAAGUAGUGAACAAGAAGCACGGUGAGGCGGAAAAGAAAAAACCAAAAACUCAAAUAGUGUGCAAGCAUUUCCUGGAAGCUAUUGAAAACAACAAGUAUGGCUGGUUUUGGGUAUGCCCUGGAGGGGGUGAUAUUUGCAUGUAUCGUCAUGCACUUCCUCCUGGAUUUGUGUUGAAAAAAGAUAAAAAGAAAGAAGAGAAAGAAGAUGAAAUUUCAUUAGAAGAUCUAAUUGAGAGAGAGCGUUCUGCCCUAGGUCCAAAUGUUACCAAAAUCACUCUAGAAUCUUUUCUUGCCUGGAAGAAAAGGAAAAGACAAGAAAAGAUUGAUAAACUUGAACAAGAUAUGGAAAGAAGGAAAGCUGACUUCAAAGCAGGGAAAGCACUAGUGAUCAGUGGUCGUGAAGUGUUUGAAUUUCGUCCUGAACUGGUCAAUGAUGAUGAUGAGGAAGCAGAUGAUACCCGCUACACCCAGGGAACAGGUGGUGAUGAGGUUGAUGAUUCAGUGAGUGUAAAUGACAUAGAUUUAAGCCUGUACAUCCCAAGAGAUGUAGAUGAAACAGGUAUUACCGUAGCCAGUCUUGAAAGAUUCAGCACAUAUACUUCAGAUAAAGAUGAAAACAAAUUAAGUGAAGCUUCUGGAGGUAGGGCUGAAAAUGGUGAAAGAAGUGACUUGGAAGAGGACAACGAGAGGGAGGGACCGGAAAAUGGAGCCAUUGAUGCUGUUCCUGUUGAUGAAAAUCUUUUCACUGGAGAGGAUUUGGAUGAACUAGAAGAAGAAUUAAAUACACUUGAUUUAGAAGAAUGACACCAAACACAUCGCUGAAAAAAUUAAGUCAGCUCAGCACGAGUUGAAAUUGACUACAUUAAUUUCUUUCCACCUAGAAUCAACAGGAUGUUUAUUUCCUAUGCUGAUUCUGGAGGAGUUAACCUCCUGCAAAAAAGGCAUCUUGUCCCUACGUCUUCUCUUCUGACUUUGGCUACAUCUCAUAGUAAGUUCAGAGUAGUUCAUGAUAAAUUGAAAAUAUAAUGGUCAUUGCAGAAAAUGAUUGAUGUUGUAACUGUCCACCCAAGUAAGAAGUGUAUCUGCCUUUCCAUCUUUUGGUUUUCAUUUGGGCAUGUGCUGUUACCAGAAACAACAAACUUAUAUUUAAAAUACCCUUCAUUUGACACAGUUUUUAAUGAGUGAUUUAAUUUCCUCUGUAUUUGUAUGUUUAGAAGACUGCCUAAAACAUGAGCACUGUACUUCAUAAAGGAAACUGCGUAUGCAGAUUCAGUAUUGUGUAUCUUUGGACAAUUAGAUGGACAUUUAAAAUGGAACUUCUUUUAUCUGACAGGAUCAGCUACAAUGCCCUGUGUUAAAUUGUUUAAAAGUUUUCCCUUUUCUUUUUUGCCAAUAAAGUUGUAAAUAAAGACCAUCAUACAUUAAAAUCCAAA